AUGUUCACUAGUAGUCCAUCCAUUACUCAAUCUAUUUCAAAUACAAAGUUGUGGAGUGGAAAUAAAAUUGAUGAUAUAACAAAUCUAGCAAAACACAAAGUUUAUAUGAUCCGCGGAACAUCUGAUCCUUUAAUUGGUGCUUCAGUAAUGACUCAAUUAUAUAAAUACUAUGUGACAGAUGGUCCAUUUAUUUCAAGUGAAAAUGUUGUGUUUAAAAAUGAUUUAAAUGCUGCACAUACAUUUCCAAUUGAUUUUGAUAGUAUUGGUAAUAAUGAUUGCGGAUCAACAAGUAGUCCUUUUAUUAGUAACUGUAAUUUCGAUGGAGCAGGAGUUAUACUUGAACAUAUUUACGGACCUUUGAAGCCAAGAAAUAAUGGAGCGUUGAAUGGAAAGUUUAUUGAAUUUAAUCAACGGGAAUUUUUAAUGAAUUCGAGUGCUUAUGGAAUGAGGGAUACAGCAUGGAUUUAUGUACCUAAAAAUUGUUCUGAUGGUGUCACUUGUAAAUUGUAUAUCACCUAUCAUGGUUGUCAACAAAGUCACGAAAAAAUUGGAGACAAAUACAUUAAAAAUACAGGAUAUAACCGUUGGGCUGAUACCAAUAAAAUUAUUGUUUUAUAUCCACAAACCGUUCCUACAAAUACAAUAGAUUCGACAGAUAAAGAGUUAAUUCCAAAUGUAAAUGGCUGUUGGGACUGGAUUGGAUGA